AUGGCCGCGCCCGGCCCCGACCGCGAAACGGAUGUACUUUGCCCGCGAUGCAUGUCCAUGUUCAGCGGCCAGCAAAAUGUCCUGUCCACAAGCGAUCCAGACUCCAACGGGCCGCCUCCGACCCACCAUCCAUCUGUCAGCUCGUUUGAGGGAGCAGUGCGUUCGGGAUGCGUCCUUUGCUAUCGUUUAUUGCGGGCCUUACAAAAGGCGGGCUGUGGUAAUCUCAGACUCUUUGACGAGGAGGCUGGUUUCUCGCACUGGACUUUGGUGCGCAGGAGGGAUGGGGAACUCAGUUUUAGCAUCUUUGUAUCAUUCCCAAAGAGUGCGCCUUAUAUGUAUCGCGGUACCAAACGCCGGUGGUUCACACUUUACCAAUCUGCAAUAUCUAGUGAAGGAUACGACGGUCCUACAAAAAGGAUACUUGCUGAUUACGGUACUACCACAGCGUCUGAAGCAUCAUGGGAUCAAGCUACUAGCUGGUAUAACCAGUGUCGAAACCACCACCAGACAUGCAACGCAGCCAAAGGCCAAUCCUCGUUCCUUCCUACUCGACUUCUCGAGCUGUCUUCCAACCGCAAGCAGAUAAAACUAGUAACUGGCGAGAAGAGAGUUUGUCGUGAAUAUGCUACUCUGAGUCAUCGCUGGGGCGGCUCUGACAUUAUUUGUCUCCGUACGGACAACUUGGCACAAUUCCAAGAGGAAAUUGAUGUCGAUGAUCUUCCUCAAACUUUCAAAGAUGCCGUCGAAGUUGCAAGAAAGCUUGGCAUAUUCUAUUUGUGGAUAGACUCUCUUUGCAUUGUCCAGGAUGACUUGACAGACUGGCACACAGAAUCCGCACUCAUGGGAGAGGUCUAUAAUAAUGGCGUGUUGAACAUAAUGGCCACGGCUUGCAAGAAUAGUCACCAGGGACUCUACAGAGAGAGGGACCCCCGGGAGUUGGAUCACUGCAGCUUCAAAAGUUCCUGGACUGGAAUAGAGGAGAAACACUUAACAAUACUAGACAGUGAUCUGUGGGAGAUGCUAAUUAAGCAGGCACCAUUGAACGAGCGCGGUUGGGUGCUCCAGGAAAGAACACUGGCGCCACGAACGUUGCAUUUCGCGGAGAACCAGCUAGCGUGGGAGUGUCACACCAUGGAGGCCUGCGAGAUGUACCCGGACGGCUUGCCAGGGGUUCUCGAGAAUCUUUCCAGUCGGGUCAAGCUCAUUGAUCCUGACGCAUACAGGCAGUGGCUUAGUACCUGGAGGAAGUAUGAUCCCACCAGGCAUGUUGCUUAUGAUGUUUGGGCCCGCAUAGUCAGACUCUAUAGCGGGACCCAGCUCACGAAGGAGGCGGAUAGGCUGGUUGCCAUUAGCGGUCUCGCCAAACGUAUGCGCUCCAUUCUCAACGAUGAAUACCUUGCUGGCCUCUGGGCCAGGCACCUCCCGUAUCAGUUAGUUUGGUACAUUCCUUCGAUACGUAAUGUCGGAGGGAAAGGUGAUCGAGUUGAAAAUUAUCGAGCUCCUUCUUGGUCGUGGGCAUCCAUGGAGGGCGAAGUGAUAAUGCCGAUGAUAGCGCGGGCGACAAAGGCUGAAAGUCUCAUCGAGAUUGAGGAAGCCAAAAUCACACCCCUCUCAAGUAUCGACGAUACAGCCGAGGUCAUCGAUGGACAUAUUCGUUUGAAAGGUCAUCUGUUCAAAGCUGAUGUUCUUGAUCGGGAUGCAGAUGCCAGGAGACGCUUGAGGUUCCGAGUUGACAACAAGGUGAUUGGUGGUCGGAUCCAGAUGGAGGAGCGCAUCAAGCACACAUCAGUUUUUAUCCUCCCCAUAUAUCGCGAAUCCGGAAGAUUAGGCCAGUCUCUCAUUUAUUCUUUGAUUUUGAACCCUGCAGAGGGCCGUCCGAAAGGUUGGUAUUCUCGGAUCGGAGUGAUGACCACCUGGUCAGGCGAGAGAGAUGAUGAGGCAUGGACGUAUAUCUCGGAACAACUAGAAGACCGAACCCUCAGGGACAAGUCCCUCGGGCUUGAAGUUUCCUUCGGAACUAUUAUUCUAAUAUAG